AGUCGGCGUAGGUUGAUGUUGGUAUUCUUGGAGAAUAAAUUUAGACCCUUGAAUAGACGCAACGGGAAGACGUGUGAGACAACUCGGGAACACAGAGACAGUAAAGUGACUUGUCACACUUUUUGCACGUAAGCGAAAAGCUAUUUCGUUCCAGGUUGAAGUUACUUAGAAGUUAACGUUACCGUUAUGGCCAAGGUACAAGUGUUAAAUGUUGCUGUACUGGACAACCCGAGCCCGUUUGGAAAUCCAUUUCAGUUUGAAAUAACGUUUGAAUGCAUGGAGGAUUUACCAGAAGACCUGGAGUGGAAAAUCAUCUAUGUGGGUUCAGCUGAGAGCGAGGAGUACGACCAGGUCCUGGACUCUGUUCUAGUUGGCCCGGUACCUGCUGGCAGACACAUGUUUGUGUUUCAGGCUGAUGCUCCUAACACAGGGCUGAUUCCAGAGAGCGACGCUGUAGGAGUGACAGUCGUCCUCAUAACCUGCACCUACCGUGGACAGGAGUUCAUCCGCAUUGGUUACUAUGUCAACAAUGAAUACACAGACCCCGAACUACGGGAAAACCCACCUCUCAAACCAGACUACACUCAGCUCCAGAGGAAUAUUUUAGCCUCCAACCCCCGUGUCACCCGCUUCCACAUCAACUGGGAAGGCUUGGCGGACAAGAUGGAGGACAGCGAGAACGUUGACCCGUCCCCCAACAUCAGCGGCAUGCUCCCUCCAUCAUGUAUACCAGGAAAGAUGCCACCUCUUGGACUGAUGCCAGACAACUCCAUGGACUGCAUGUAAGAAUCAUCAGAUUAACAUAAUGGACAUAAAGCCCUUCUUAUCUUUACACUCACCCACAUCACAAACACACAUUUGGACAAGGAGGCUAUGGAUGUAUCUACAUAACACAUGGACAUUAACAGGAAGCUGGGACAUGGCAGCAGGGACACUUUUUAUACAGCAUACACAAAUGGGAUGGAUCUGGAAUGUUUACCAAGUGUUUUUCUUCCUUUGUGCUCUCUCUUUUUCAACGCUUCACACAGACAGAUCUGCUCAACCAGCAUUGCCUUAUUUUACCGUAUCACUGCCUUAGAUUAUGUGAAAAGCUCGGCCAGAAACAUUUUGAGUCGUCAGGGUGGAACGAUCGAAAAACGGGACUGCCAUGUCCUCGUAGCCCUGAGACAAGUCAUACUCGUACAUAGAUGCUGACCUCCUGACAUCUCUUGAGCACCGAUCCAAGUUAUAGGUAGUACCCUCUAGGUGGAGCACUGCUGCUCAUAGUAAAGUACUGCAUUGUUCGGAAGGUUUGUGUUAUCUGACAUCAAUCAGUAUCAUCUGGUGUAUCUGUGGAAACAAAUCUUGGGUUUAGAGUAUAGGCCAUGUUGCGAUAAGCAGCAUUACUUACAGUUAUCUGGAUAUCUUAUGCAGAGUACAACCUUAUAUUUGCAAGUUUUACUCUUGGGUUGUCCAGGUUAGUCAGAAAACCCGCUGCCUCGAACAAGCCCCAGUUCAGAAAAAGGUUUCUAAAAUGUUACAAGAUGUUUGUCUGUUCACAAAACAUGGAGGUAAAGGAGAUGGAGAUAUGGAUUCCAUAUUGCCGUCAAGUUGUUUUGAUAAUUUAGGCUUACUGUAAAUAAUGUUUAUCAAGUGCUUAUUUUGUUUUCAGGAUGAGAAUAACAAUUUUCUUUUUGUACUCACUAUAUAUUCUCUGCCUCAGUGAUGGGAUUAAUAAAGUUUGUUUUGCGGA